GCAGCUCUGAAGUCUGACACAUAGGAGGGGGGGAAAUAGGGGGGUCGAGGGAGACUGAGAGGAGGGAAGGGGAGAAACAAGUUUCUCUGACAGCAGACCCUGCCUUGCUUGGAGGCUUCAGCACUGCGCUUCUGUGAAGUGCCAUCUCACCCAGGGGUGUGCAGUGGUGUGUAUGAGUGAGUGGGUGUAUGUAAGUCACAGGAGCCAUGUCAGACCCCAGGGACAUUGACGAGGAUGCCAUCCUCAGAGGCCUCAGCGCUGAGGAGCUGGAUCAGCUGGAGUAUGAGCUGCAGGAGAUGGACCCUGAGAAUGCCAUGCUGCCAGCUGGCUUUCGGCAACGAGACCAGACAAAGAAGAGCCCGACGGGGCCCUUUGACCGUGACGCCCUGAUGAAGCACCUGGAGAAGCAGGCCCUGGAGCACGAGGACAGGGAGGACCUGGUGCCCUUCACUGGUGAAAAGAAAGGAAAGCCUUUUGUGGCCAAGAAAGCACCAGAGGUCCCCAUACACGAGCAGGUAAUCCUGGAACCAGAGCUAGAAGAGGCCUUAAAAAAUGCCACUGAUGCAGAGAUGUGCGAUAUUGCAGCUAUCCUUGGAAUGUACACGCUGAUGAGUAACAAGCAGUACUAUGAUGCUCUGGGCACCACGGGCACGAUCGCCAACACAGAGGGCAUCAACAGUGUUGUGAAGCCAGAUCCCUUCAAGGUCUUCCCGGAAGAACCCCCAAACCCCACCAAUGUGGAGGAAACCCUGGAGAGAAUUCACAACAAUGACAGCAGCCUGACUGAAGUCAACCUUAACAACAUCAAGGACAUUCCCAUCCCAACACUAAAAGAGAUCUUUGAGGCGAUGAAGGGAAACUCUCACGUGGAGUUUCUGAGCAUCGCUGCAACCCGUAGCAAUGACCCUGUGGCCUAUGCAUGUGCUGAGAUGCUGCAGGAGAACACCAGCUUACAGAGUCUUAAUAUCGAGUCUAACUUCAUCACUGCAGACGGCAUGAUGGCAAUCAUCAAAGCAAUGGCUAAUAAUGCCACACUGAUGGAGCUCAAGAUUGACAACCAGAGGCAGAAGCUUGGAGACUCUGUUGAGAUGGAGAUCGCCUCCAUGUUGGAGAACAACUCCAGUAUCCUCAGGUUUGGCUACCACUUCACCCAGCAGGGUCCCCGAGCCAGAGCUGCCAUGGCCAUCACACGAAACAAUGACAUGAUUCGUCAACAGAGAUUAAGAUGAAGACAACGAGAAGAGCAACUCACUGUGAUGCAGCAGAGCCGAAUGAAUUCUCCCAAAUUAAUUCAGGGUCACUGUGUUUGGGGGGAGCCAUAUCUAACAUCCAUGUUCAACCAUUUCAGGUCAUUUACUGCAGCAAGAUUUUUGUAGAUUGACGAAUUUAUCAUAAAGGCAUGUAUAGUCCACAAGCACAAUCUGAAGUGUCUUUUUUGUGCUUUUUAGUUUAUGCAUCACCAACAUCAUCCCAAACAAGAGGUUAACUAUUUUUCAUUCACUCAUUCAAUGUGGUGCUAAAUCAAAUGUGGGAAAGGGGGGAGGAAUCUGUAAAUACUUUAAAUAAAAAUAUAUAUUCAAUUAUU